UUACGGCGCAUGCGCGCAGUGGAUUUACGGUUUAAAACAAUGGCGGCAGACGGUUUAAUCACAACAGAGCAGUGGAUCAGAGACAAACUAAACCUUCAACACAUUUGUUUAGCUGAAGUUCGGUCUUUGGCUCUUCCGGGAUCAUACGAAGGAAAGAUCUGUCACGUGGGAUCAUCUCUGAAGAACUUUGUGCGUCUGAAAACACUGGAUCUGUCCCAUAAUGCCCUCAUCACGGUUAAGGGGAUUGAGCAUCUGGAGAUGCUUGAGACACUGAAUCUGUAUUACAACAAACUGGACUCUUUACAGGACAUCUUUACCCUUCACAAGCUGCAGAAUUUAAAGGACCUGGAUCUGAGAUUGAAUCCUGUGGUCAGGAGACACCCUCCCUAUAGAUUAUACUUUGUGCAUGCUAUGGUCAAACUUCGCAAACUAGAUGAUUGUCCAGUGCGAGAUCGAGAAAGGAAGGCGGCUCUCUUGCAUUUCUCAUCUGAGACUAAUCUGGACCAGAAUCACAAGAAAAAUGUUGUAACGCAAGACACAAGCUGCAGAAGCAGUGAUAUGAGAAUAAAAGCAGUGGAACAGAUGAUGAAGACUCUUUUAUUUCUGGAGGGAAAUGAAGAAGCCGCUCUUAAUGAAGUCUCCAGAAAAUAUCAAACUCUCUCCAAAAACCCACAACAUGAAUAUCGGUCUCAGGUCUUACCGGAGGAUUCUUCUGAUGUGAUCAAUUUAAUCAAUGCGUCAGGUUAUAAAGGCCCCUCGAUACAAAACCAGGAGUCUAAGAGCACAAAUGAUAAGAAUGGUGCUCGUGUUCACGCUCGACAUGGUGUCCACAGAGUGACUUUUGUGAGUCCUGUUGUAGAAAGCCAUCAUCCAACGUAUCACGGGACAGUUCAAGGGGAGAGCAUCUAUACUCCACACCCUACUGACAAAUGCUCUCCAUUACAGGAGGAUGAACACAGAGCUCUUGAAAUGCAAAACCAACUUCAAAUCAGUCCAAAUCCAGUGUUACACCCUCCCAGAUUAACAUACAGGAGCAGAGGAACAUCUGCAUCAGAGAGGAAACCUCUUAGGGGAGCGUACAGGAAACCCAUGGAGCUUCUCCUCACCAUGAUAGAGGAGCACUGGUCUGGACCGAAGGACAGUCAACAGGACAGCACGCUACUCAUAAAGAUGGUUCAGAUCCUCACCAUGAUGGAUAAAGAGGUUGUGGAUGGAGAGCAGGAGAUCCAGACUCUUAAAGAAACAGUCAAGACCUUAAACACAGAGAAUGAACUACAGGAGGAACAACAUCACUCUGAGAUCAAAGUGUUGAAACUUCAGCUUCAGCAGGCACAAGAAUCUAUUGAGGGUCUUAAUAGACAUCUAAAGAACAUACUGGAGGAGAACGUGUCUUUACAGAAACAGCUCAUCACAGCCGAAGAGAAGCUUCUCUCCUCUCGGAUGAAGAGGAAACAGAUACGAGUAGAGGACAGAGCUUCAGGUGAACCGUCGGACCCUGAGGAGCUAAACAGACCGAAACAAAGAGUUCAGGAGCAACACAGAGACAUCCGGUCAGCACAUAAGCCACAAGAACACUACAAGUCUCUGAUAGCCAGAAAUGAAUGUUUACUUCAAGAGCUGGAAGAGGCUCUAAUGAGCUGAAGUUGAUGAUCUUGAUUUAUUUAUUAAGCAGCUGUCUGUAUUAUAUUAGACAGUAAACAUUUGUAUAGCA